CGGUAUUUUUCGGUCGCCCUUAACCUUAGUUCCAGUGUAGUGUAGGUGACAGUAGGUCGUUUUCACUCAAAUAAAAUGUCGUAUUUACAGUAUACGACACAUUCGCAUGCAAGAAAAGUUCGUAGCUUAUAUAAACAAGCGAUUAGGCUGUUACAGUCAUACUACGAAUCGUUUGACAGAUAUGAAUUUCGAUAUCAAGCUGUGGUGAUGCGAGCCAGAUUUGAUGAAAAUAAAAAUGAAACAGAUUUAAGAAAAGCCAAAAAACUUCUGCUAGAUGGACAGAAAGAAUUGUUUCUGAAGUCUCAUGCACAGCCUAUGAAAUUUGCAGAAUCACCAGGAGGUGUGGCUUACCAGAGGCACUUUCCACCACCAGACUGGAUACUCGACACUUGGCACCCCUAUGAAAAGGCUCAAUACCCAGAAUAUUUUGCUUUACGAGAAAUCAGAAAAAAAGAGUUUAUAGACAGAUGGGAAAAGCAGUAUGGCAAGGGAGAUCAUGAAGUGGAUCAUUAAAUAAGUGAACUGAUUAAUGUGUUGUUAGCUAACAAUUGGGUAUUGACCACUUGAAAUAGUUAGGUAAUUAGUUUUAAUUAGCUAUCAUUCACUGGUUUCAUAGUGAGUUGGAUAAGAAAUCAUUUGUUUAUUUCUGGUUAAUGCUUUGUUCUGUCAAAUUUAUGACAGUGACCGUCAAAUAAAUAUAUUUAUAUUUCA